AAAAAACAAAUUUAAUUAAGAUUUUUAAAGAGUUUGUCAACAAAAAUAAGAAUUUUUGGGCUAAAUGUCGCCGGAGUUUAUUGUUUUUACCAAAUUGUUGCAUAUAGUUAGCUUCUUUUUUUUUACCAAAUUGUCGCCGAAAUAAGUUUUUUUACUAAUUUUUCACAAAGGACCUUUUUUAUUUACCAAUCUGGUCAAUUAGCCAAUAUAUACCCAUAAUGCCACAAUUAUAUUCUCGUACUUCACAGACUCACAGUACUCCACUUAUUAUACGCAUAAUGUUAAAAUUUAGUCAAAGUCCAUCGAAUUCAAAAUAAGACCAUAACUCUUAAAAUAAAAAAAGGAAUAAAAAAUCAGGAAAAACUUCCGCCUUAUCACCUGGUGAUUAAAUCUAACCCUCCCGCGUCCCGCCUUUCUCAAAAUUUCGAAACUUCCCCAAAAAUAUGGUGUCACUCUGCUAGGGUUUACCUGAAGAGAGAGAAAGUGACAGUUCGUCGAUUUCAUCCCCAAAUUCUCCAGAAUUCAACUUCAAUCACCCUAAAUUCGAACCCAAUUCAACGCAGAUUAAGCGCGCAAAUCAUGGGAGUAAGUAGUGAAACUGAGGGUUUCGAAUUAGUCGACCCACUCGUCGACAAAUCCAGUUUAUCUCUCUUCCCUCGCAGCUUCAAUUCUUCUUCAUUAUCAUCUUCUGCCACUAUUUCAAACCCUAAUUUCUCCAUUUCCGACGCUUUGGACGCUCAUCUUAAAGCUAGAGUAUUAAGUAGUCCUGACAAGCUGUUAAAGCAAACAAAGACCAUACUAGAAGAAAUUGUUCUCACAGAAAAACAAAAAGUUCCUCGAGAGAGAAGACUUGCUCUAGGACUUAAGCGGGCCAAGUUUUCUGCAAAACCUAUUCCAAGUCAGCCUGCUGCGACUUUGGAUUUUAGCAUAGACGUAGAUAAACUGAGUGAUCCAGGGGAAUAUUUCGCAGCGUUUGAAAGGAUGGAAAAUGCCAAAAAGGAAGUGCAAAGACUAAAUGGCGAGCCACUCUUGGACUUGGAUCAAAAUCGUAUAUCUUCGGCUUCUAGUCGUCGCCGGCCUGGCCUUUUGGGGAGGUCAGCCACCUAUGCAAAUCGUUUUCGCUCUUCAAUUUCAGUUGCUGAGGUUGAUGAGACCCUUUUGCCUGCUCAAGAAACAUUUGAUAAUGAUAUACGAAGCCCUGCUCACAAUGAUGUCGUUCCAGAUGCUAAAGUUAUCAAUAAUUCACCAAGUGUGAGAGAGCCUGAAUCCAAGUCUACGACAAUUAGCAAAGUCAGUAAGCUUGAUGAGCUAUUGUCUUCUAAUUAUGAAGGAUUAUAUAAGGAUGAAGUAGAGAAUGUUCUCCGAGACAAAUUGCAGAUAAAAGAUGUAGAUAUUGGUAAAGCUUUCUUUCCCGACUGGCGUGUUCAGCUGCGUGAAUCUUUGGCAUCAAGCUCAGCUUUGCAAAAGAAGGAUGAUAUAGUAGCUCAUCUAUCUGGUAAGAGUAAAGCUGCCAGAAUUGGUGACCAAGUAUCUCCUGCAAAAUCCAGAAGUCCAUUGGCAUCUAUCUCAUUGUUGAACAGACACAUUGCUAGACGUAGUCCAUCAAUGGACCAAUUUUCACCCCUUCAUAUUGAUUUAUCACCAACUGAGGCUACAGAUCGUACUAGUGAACCAGAUAUCAGGGUCAAUCAGGCUGGCCAAUCUGAUGAGGUUGAUGCGAGGGAGAUCUCGCAUGAAUUUAGGAGGUCUACAGCUCAUGAAGAAGAAAACAAUGCAGUUUCUGGUGAUGGUACUUUUGUCUCUGUAGCAAAGGACGUAGAUCCCAUUAGCGAACCUAAAGAAAAAGAGGAUGUUGUUGGGCAAUGUGAUCCAAUUAGUAAUAGGACUGAUUCAUGUGAAUCUGGAAGGUCUCCAGUGCAUGUAGAAAAAAACAUAGCGGGUUCUGAUGAGGAUAGACCUGCAUUGACGUCUAAUGAUGUAGGUCCAACUAGUGAGCCCGAAAGACACGAGGAUGAGGUGGAUGCAACCCUGUUAUCUGUACGACAACUCAACUUCGAGGGCCUUGAUGAGGAGAAAUCUAGCUCUUAUGGAGUUGAAAAAGGUGGGACUGGCGAACCAUUAAAUACAGAGAACAUUGCUGUGGAAGAGCCUACUGAGGAAACUGUGAGAUCUUCCAAGAAGAGAUUAAAGGAGAAGGAGAUAUCAGAGGUACCAUCUGAAGCAGUUGUUGCUGAGGGAACAGCGGAGAAAGGACAGCAAGCAAAAACAAAAUCAACUCAAUCGGAGGCGUCUAUUUCUGGAGAAGCUAGUAAUAAAAGAAGAAAAGUGGAAGGUGCUCGCCCAGGAAUCAGAAAAGAGACCAAGGAGCUUCGUAGAACCAGCUUAUACUAUGCUGGUACGAAGUUGGAGGCUGGAGUUAGGCGUAGUACAAGGAUAAGAAUGAGACCAUUAGAGUACUGGAGAGGUGAACGGUUUUUGUAUGGACGUGUUCAUGAGAGUCUAGUGACUGUGAUCGGAGUGAAGUACGCCUCUCCAUCAAAGGAUGCAGAAGGACCUGAAGUCAAGGUGAAGUCUUUUGUUUCCGAUGAAUUCAAAGAUCUGGUUGAGCUGGCCUCCUUACACUGAAGUAGCCAGAAAAUGCUGGAGUUGUAUUAUUUGUAAUGUAAUUUACGAACUUUAGUUUAUUUUAUCUCCAAUGAAGAUGACAGUUAGCUUUCAUUGACUCUCUUUAAUGUUCGCAACUCGUAAUUAAGAUGGCUGAUACUUUGUGGAGUUAACUGUAACCUAGAGAAAAUCGCAGGAAGAAAGUAUGAAAUUUAGCGUGGUAA